GUUUCCACUGUGCGUACCGGUUCCAGCCGUCAACCACCCAACCGAGCCAAGACUACAAUACCCAGCGUGCACCGGUCCGACGGGGGGAACUUGGCGUUCCAAGUCUUAGGAGAGAGUGAAUGCUCCUGAGUGGUAAUCUGGAGCCGAGUGCAGAACUACAUUUCCCGGCGGGCCUCGGGUUCAGGGGUCUCUUUCCCCUGGCGGGGCCUCUGGAGUCGCCACCGCCGCCGGCGCUGCUUUUCAAAAUGUCCAAAGAAACUUGUGAAAAAGGAGAGAAGUCUCAGAGAAAAGAUACCACCUCAUUACCCAACUUUGAUGAAGAUAAGAAAGAAAAAACCUCAACAAGUUCUACUAGCUCAUCUUGCUCUGUAAGAUCAAUUUCAUCAGAGAAGAGAAAACUGAAAUCAGAUUGUAUAGAUGUUGUGAACUGUAAUGUAAAAAGAAGACAUGAACUGAAAAGACUGAAUGUAGACACUGACACUCUAAGAAAGAGACCGAAAAUCAAUUCGUCAUCCCAAGAACCUAUUAAACUUCAAGAAGCAUCAUAUUCAAAUGACAAUCAAAUUAUUUCACAAAGUCCUUCUUCAAAUGGAACUAAAAAUGAUAUAAGUAAAUGUGUAGAUUUUAAAGAUAAAGACAUUAAAUUGAUAAAUGUUAGGAGUAACCUUGACCAUGGAGUUAAAAGCCUUAGCAUUCCUAAAAUUGCCAAAGAUGUGAAACCUAAAGCUGAAGGCCAGGCAAAUGAAAAACUCCGGCCUCAUUUACUUGCUCACAGGCAGAAGAUGAAAGAUCUCAGGAAAGAAAGGCACAAUAAAUACAGAGACAGUUUUGAAAGGUGUGUUUUGGAAAAGUGCAAGAGAAUCCAAUUUUCUCAGGAUUAUAAUUCCAACAAGAUAUUUAAGGAACCCCAAGAUCCUAGAAGAAGGAAGGUCAGUUUCAAAAUCCCAGUAAAAUCCCACGAUACCCACCAGAAGCCUGUAGAAGAAAAUAUUUUCCUUUUAGAGUCCAGCAAGUCAACGACUAAGCAGAAGAAAAAAGGAUGCCUCGAAAACUUUCAGGUUUCAUUAAAUUUGAUGAAGCAAAAAAGUAAACAUUUGUUUUCAGAUUUCACUUGUAAGCAGGCUGUUUGUGAGUGGAAAGGAAAAUGUCAUCUUGAGCAUCAAGAAAGUAAUGAUUCAAGUUCUAGUGAACACCAGACCCAGAGUUUUGAAGCACAAUGUUCUUCAGUGUCAUAUGAAAGUAUUCCAGAUACAGAUCAAGAGAUGCAGAUUGUAGAAGAGCUUCAUGCUGCACGUGUGGGGAAAACUGUGGAUUUGCCUGUGGUCCCUCCUCCUGGAGAGUUAUCGAGCAUGGAGAUUGACUUGGUAGAAGAUGCUGUGCAUUCCUCUGCUGCAAGUACUGCUUCAGACAAACAUCUUCUAAUUGUUAUUGAUACAAAUAUUCUGAUGAAUCAUCUCAAAUUUGUUAGAAUUUUGAAGACAACAGAAAUCCCAGGCUUUGACAGGCUUGUGUUAAUAAUUCCCUGGGUAGUUGUACAAGAGCUAGAUCGUAUGAAGGCAGGAAAACUACUGAAAUAUGCCCAGCACAAAGCUAUACCUGCGGUUCGUUUCAUCAAUGACAGUCUCAAAAGUCAAGAUAGAAAACUAUGGGGUCAAUCAAUACAACUUGCAUCUCAAAAACUUUAUGGAUUCAGUGAUGAGAACAAUGAUGAUCGAGUAUUAAAAUGCUGUCUUCAAUACCAGGAAUUAUUCCCUAGUUCUCUUGUUAUUCUGUGCACGGAUGAUAGAAAUUUAAGAAACAAAGGCCUAAUAAGUGGUGUGAAGUCACUCAGUAAAGAAGAAUUGAGUACAGAGUUCUUAAAUUUGUCUCUGAACACAGUUACAUGUCAUCAGCCAUGUGUAUCUAAGCAACAAUUGAAAACAGAGCAAACACCUUUGGGAAAGAGUAAUGAGGAAGAAUCUGUAAAUUCUGGACUGCUCAUUCUGCUUGAAGGCAUAGUAGCUGAUCUUGAAAAAUCUCUUGGAACAGCCUUAUCUUCAAUAUUAGAAACAGAAAUGAAAAUUGCUUUUGGAAACCUCUGGAUGGAGAUGCUGUACUUGAAACCACCGUGGACUCUAAUGCAUUUAAUACAAUGCUUUAAAAAACAUUGGCUGGCUGUCUUUGGAUUAAUUAUGGAAAAUAACUUGCUUUUAACGGUUGAGAGCUUAUAUGAUAGUCUCUGUAAAGCUAACAGUGCAGUAGAUUUUACAACAGUGAAAUUCCUACUCCAGGAUUCUCAAAGCCUAUUACAUGCUUUCAGUACAAGGUCAGAUUAUGAUGGUGUUCUUCCACAGGCCUUUGCUCAAGUAAACAAACUUCUCCAAACAUUUACAGAGGUCAAGGUAAAACGUAAUCAAAAUCCUUCAGAAAAUACAGCGGGUAACAAGCAAGAAGAUACUUCUCCAAUGAAGUCUGACAGCCAAGAAAUCACCAUUUUCUCGGGUGCUCGUCUUUCCCCACCCAACAGGCAUCAAGAAAUCUGGUCUAUCUUAGAGAGUGUUUGGAUUACAAUAUAUGAGAACAGCACAGAUGUGUUUCAAAGAUUGGGCCCAAAUUCAGCUCUGACUUCCUCAAAAAUACCAUCAUUUGAAGAAGCAUUUAUAUAUCUUCAAAAGUUAAUGGCAGCUGUGAAGAAUAUUCUUGAAGGAAUUCAGAGGAUUUUGGCCCCCAACAGUAAUUAUCAAGAUAUUGAGACCCUCUAUAACUUCCUAAUCAAACAUGAGGUAAAUAAAAGUGUCAAAUUCACUGCCCAGGAACUUUAUGAUUGUGUUUCACAUACUGAGUAUCGGGAAAAGUUAACCAUCGGAUGCCGCCAGCUGGUUGAGAUGGAGUGUGCCAUGCAGCAGUGCAAUGCAUCUGUGUAUAUGGAGGCCAAGAACAGGGGGUGGAGUGAAGACAUGCUCAAUGAUAGGACCUAAUCUGGUAACUCGAAAGGAUUGCAUUUGUCUUCAAGAACAACAGAGUAGCUUUCAGCCUUUUGAGCCAAACCCAAGAGACUUGUAAGAAAUCUCAUUUGUAUAAAAAGGUGAUUGCUUAUUACUGACAGUCUCAUUGAGGUUCUCUAAAAAGCCUAAUGCAUCCAUUGUGGGAUAAACUGUGAACUCAACUCUUCUGACGUUGACAAUACUUUCCUACCUCCACUCCUGAUACUGAGCCAGAAUGUUUAAGGAAAGGAGAGCUGCUUUUUAGUCACCUUAGGGCAGAAGCCAUUGUGGCCCCUGAAGAAGGCACAGCAUUAGCGUCUCUCUCAACCCUGAAUAUAUGGUUACAUGAUCAGGGACACUAACAAACUCCAAGAAAAAAUUAGGACAUGACCAUACUCACCAUUAUUCCACAAAUGAAAUCUUACCCUGGACUGUUUUAUGAUUAGCAUCUUCCAUGUAGACCUGGUGAAUGCAAUGCACAUCCCUUCCACUUCCCCAAGGUGCUGAAAAUAGAAUUGUCACUUCUGCUCCAACUUUUAAUAGCAGCCUUUCUUCUGCCCUAGGCUUGUCACUUAACGGUGCAUUUCUAGCGAGGAGCAGGGAGACCCCUAUACAGUUUCCCCUUACAUGUGAAGCAGCAUGAGGUAAUGGAUUAGGUGGCAGUGACUGACGUUUGCCUCUAGGUAAACCAAGUGUUUGACUUAUUUACUUAUACUGCGAGUUGGAAGUCCUUGUUUUUUGGAGUAUAUUAUGCUUUUGUUAGUAAAUUAAAUCUAAUUUGGUAUUCUAUUAUAAAUGCUUUUUUUUAAGUAAUAAAUUAUUUUUAGUAAAAUUUAACUUUUCAUUUUACUUCCAAAUUGUAUUUCUGAAUGUGUGCAAGGUGUGAUUAUAAAGAGAACGUACUCACAAUGCUCACUAGUAGUCUGUGCAGGAUCCACUGAGCUUUGUUCACACCCGAAGUGCUGGGGCUCACAGUGCUGUCUGCUUUGCACCAGGGGAAGAAGCCCUCUGCUCCCCAGGAGCCAAAACAUCCCUUCCCGUGGACCAAAUGAAUUUUUUUCAGGUCCUAAUCCAUCAGCUGCUUUUGGUUAUUACUGUUGGGUUUCGGCUCAUCUUUGUUCCCCGUCUUUCUAUCCUGUCUUUUAAUCUAUGUUAUGCAUUUCAGAGCGUUUCUUUUCACUCCUAUUAACUGCUACUUCCUAUUUCACUCUUAUUUAUGUGCAUUUUAAUUUUACCUUAGUCUGUGUGUCUUUUACUUUGUGCAUUAAUUUGUCAAUUAGUUCAACAUUUCUUAAAUUUUAUUGAUUUGUGAAAGUGUUUUCUUCUAAUGUUAGGUUUGGGAUUUUUUUGGUCUUUUUUAUUUUUAGAAACAUUCUUUUAAACUUUUUUAGUCUUUGUUUCUUUGAAAUGUCAGGUUCCCCCCCCCCCUCCCUUGUUGCCUUCUCUUCUAAUCUUUAAUUUUAUUACAGUAAGUCUAGUAAUUGUCUGUCACUGUGCACACUUGUCACAGUAUUAUUGACUGUAUUCCCCUUCACCUUUUUCUCCCCCUGGCAACCAUCAGUAUGAUCUAUUUAUAUGAGUCUGUUUUGGUUUGUUCAUUUGUUUUGUUUUUUUAGAUUCCAUAUACAAGUGAAACCUUAUAGUAUUUUCUUAUUUUACUUGGCAUAAUACCCUCUAGGUCCAUCCAUGUUGUUGCAAAUGACAAGAUAUCAUUCUUUUUUAUUUCUGAGUAAUAUUCCAUUUGUUUAUUUUUGCUUUUGUUUCCCUUGCUUGUGGGACAUAUAAAUUAUAGAGGCUAAUGUCAGAUAGUUUACUACCUGUGUUAGCUUCUAGGAGCGUUAUGGUUUCAGGUCAUACUUUGUCUUUAAUACAGUUUUAGUUUUUGUGUAAGUGUAAAAAAGUGGUCCAGUUUUUUUUUUCUUUUGCAUCUAUCUGUCCAGUUUUCCCAACACUUUUUGAAGAGGCUGUUGUUUCUUCAUUGUAUAUUCUUACCUCCUUUGUCAUAGAUUAAUUGACCAUAUAAGCAAGUUUAUUCCUGGGCUGUUCUGCUCCACUGAUCUAAGUGUCUUUUUGUCCCAGUACCAUACUGUUUUGAUUACUGUGGUUUUGUUGUAGUCUGAAAUCAGGGAUUGUGGUACCUCCAACUUCGUUCUUGUUUAACAUUGUUUUGGCUGCCCGGCCAGUGUUGCUUAGUGGUUGAGCUUCAACCUAUGAACCGGGUCACAGUUCAAUUUCAGGUCAGGACACAGGCCCAGGUUGCGGGCUCAUCCCCAGUGGGGGUCGUGCAAGUCAGCCGAUUGAUAUUCCUAUCUCUUUCCCCCUUCCUCUCAAUAAAAAUAUAUAGUAAAAAAAAAAAAAUGGUUUUGGCUAUUUCAGGUCUUUUGUGAUUCCAUAGCCAUUUUAGGAUUAUUCUAGUUCUGAGAAUGCCAUUAGUAUUUUGAUAAGGAUUGCAUUGAAUCUGCAGGUUGCUUUCAGACAUGUGUUUUGAUGAAUUAGCAGAUCUUUAGAAGAGCAACUUCAGAUUUUAAAAUCUCCAUUCUUUAAUAUGUAUGGCUAUUAUAUUUUGAGCAGAAGCCAUCAUAUGCAUGCCAUGAACCAAAGUGGACUGAUGGGGAAAGUCACACCAGGGUAAGGGGUGCCUACUUUAUACUCUUGGCUGUGUCGUAGUGAGGAGCUGGUGAGAACUUCAUGAGAAGCAUCCAUGAGGAUUAUCCUAUCGAAGUUCCUGGCACCACUUUGCACUAGACUUUUCCAACUUACUUUUCCAGAAUGCUAUAAAUAGAGCCGUUUGAGGCUGCCUUUUCAUUUAGCAUCCUCCUGCAAUCCAUCCAUGUGUUAUUAGUACUUCAAUUCUUUUUAUUCCCAAGUAGUAUCCUAUUGCAUGAGUGGAAUUUAUUCAUUCACUAGUUGGAAGAAUGUUUGUUUUUUUAAAUAUAUUUUAUUGAUUUUUUAACAGAGAGGAAUGGAGAGGGAUAGAGUUAGAAACAUCGAUGAGAAACAUUCAUCAGCUGCUUCCUGCACACUCCUCACUGGGUAUGUGCCUGCAACCAAGGUACAUGCCCUUGACCGGAAUCGAACCUGGGACCCUUGAGUCUGCAGGCCGAUGCUCUAUCCACUGAGCCAAACCGGUUAGGGCAGAAUAUUUCAGUUUUAAUUGACAAUUGUGAAUAAAGCUGCUUUAUUCACACAGGUUUCUGUGUGAACAUGGGUUCCUUGCACUUGGAUAAAUACCUAGGAAUGGGAUUACUGUUAUAGGGUAUUUCUCUAAGAAACAGCUAAACUGUAUUCCAAAGUGACCUUACAUUUUCUGAUUUGUCCAAUAAUAUGAGUUCGUUACUCUGCAUCCUAACCAGAAUUUGGUAUUAUUCAGUUUUAAUGUGACAUUUUGCUUUUUACAUUUUCUUAGUGAUUUAUAAUAAUGAGCAUAAUUUCAUGUUCUUAUUGGAACCCAUUUAUCUCCUUUGAAGUGUCUAUUCAAAUCUUUUGCCCAUUUAAAAAUUGUUUUGAGAGUUCUGGAUUCAAAUCCUUUAUCAGAUGCUUUUUUUGUUGUUUUCAAGCCCUGUGCCUUUCAAGACUUGAUACUUUUGUUUUAGAAAACACUAGCUUAAUGUAAAAGAUGGAUCUUUUCAUGACUUGCAAGUAGCCUUUGAUAGAUGCCUUCCAUUUAAUAUAGCAACCCCAUUCUUAAAUUGCUGGAUAUUUCACUUCAUUUCAUAAGUUUCAUUUUCAUGAGUUUGGUAUCUUGUUCUUUUCUCCAAAAGGCUAAAAUUUUAUCAAUCCCUUAGCCACCUGUUCAAAUGUCCUUUUUAGAUUCUCCUGUUUUCACAAGAUACCAACCUUGUACAUACCGUUUCAUAAUUGAGCUUUUGCUUCUCAUUCUUAUUCAACCUCCAACAAGUGAUGAAGCUAUUAAUAGUGAAGUUUAAAUAUUUUGUUGGCCAUCUAUUAAUUUCAAGAAUCUGUGGCAUUCGAGAGUAUAUCCCUCUCCAUAAACUCUGAUUGAUCAAUGUUUCACUUUAAGAGUCUUCAGAAAGGAUUUAUUAUGAAGGAUAUUGGUGCUUCACGUAAUUUCUUUUUAACCUACAGAUGAUUUUUUUCUUGAUUUUUAAAAAGUGAGUUAAAUUUAACAUGUAAAUGUGUAAGUUUAAGUACAGUAUUGUUAUUUAUAUAUUGUAAUGAUUGCUGUGUAGUUAUAUUUAUCACAUUAUGUAAUUUAUAUUGUCUAUAUUCAUUAUACUCUACAUUAGAUCUUUAUGGCUUAUUUGCUACUUGUUGCCAAAUUUGUAUGCUCCAACGUAUCACUCUUACCCCGCUCCUGCUAAUCACCAUUUUACUGGUUUCUACAGGUUAAACUUUUUAGAUUCCACAUGUAAGUGUUAUCAUUACAGUGUCUGUCUUUCUCUGACCUGUCUUGCUUAACAUGAUGUGUUCAAGGUCCAUCCAUGUUGUAGCAAAUGGAAGAAUAUCCUUUCUCAUGGAUGACUUAUUUAACAAGUCUCCUGUUUAUGGGACCAAAUUUGUGGCUUGGCCCUAUUAUUUAAGAUUCAUAUGUUGGUGUUUCCUUGCUUAUUGUUCUCUUUUACACCCAGCUAAUUUACCUUGUAUCUUAUGUCUUAGUAAAAAGACUCUUCAAAUCCUUUUCUGGAACAUAGUAGGAUACAAAUAAAUGCCUGACACUAGUUUUCUGUGACUCAUACUUUUUUUUUUUUUUUUUAAUAUUUUAUUGAUUUCAGAGAGGAAGGGAGAGGGAGAGAAACAUUGAUGAGAAUCAUUGAUCGGCUGUCCCCUGCAUACUCCUUACUGAGGAUCAAGCCCGCAACCUGGGCACGUGCCCUGACCAGGAAUCAAACUGUUACCUCCUGGUUCAUAGGUUGACACUCAACCACUGAGCAACACUGGCUGGGCUGUGACUCAUACUUUUCUAAAGGUAACUCUGGAGUUGCAAAAAUAUCCUAAUUGUAUUUCCUCUUUUGCCUACUUCAACUUUAAGAAUUCUGAGGCCCAGAGAGAUUAUAGGUAGUAAGCAAGAAUUUUAGCACUAUAUCAUGUUCCCAAAUCCAGGGGCUCCUCCUCAAAAAUAUGAUCAUGUAAGAAAUUCUAAAACACGUUGAGUAAUGGUAAAGCUUUUAUGGCAUACAAGCCAAAAAUAAAAACUCUUCAAAAGUCACACAAAAAUAUCAUGCCUGAGGUAUACCAGGUAUAACCAAUUGUUUUGUUAAUUCAAACAGGUAUUUUAUAGUUUUGCUACUGUUUUAGGGACCUAGUACAUUUUAUGCAUUAUGACAAACGAACUGCAACUGUGGUUAUUAUCAAUAUUAUUUCUAAAUCACUCCAAAACCCAUACUGUUAAAAAAUUUUAAUUGGAAGCUUCUUAUAUUCAAAACAUACUUGAAAAACAUAUUUUAGCCACCAGAAUACCUGUUUGGCAUCAAUGGUAAUAGAGGAAAACUUUAACCCAAAGUAGUCUCACAUAUUAUUUGCAUUUAAGUAUUAUUACCUAGGAACUGAGAAUUUCAAGGAUUUUGCUGCUUAAACUUAAUUUUCCUGUGUUAAAUAGAACAUAUACAGAGUCAUUAAAAAAAGAAGUUAUCACAUUGGGCUCAGACUUGCCAACCUAGUUUUAGUUCAGAACAACCAACAAUAGAUAUAGGCAGGAACUAGCCUCUAGGUGAACUGACUUCCUUUCCUGAUGGUUUUUGUGUGAUAAAGGGAAGGUGUCAAAGUGCCAGUGAAAUAUGCAGAAAAUACCUCAUUUACUUCCUAACCCAGAAUAGCUACCACUGGAUAGUCAUCUUGUCCCAGCUGACUCAUUAGAUUCCUGUGUGCCUCUUUUGGUUUAGAAAACACUAGCUUAAUGUAGUGUUUGUGUCUCUCUGUGAGAAGAAACCUUAAAACCUUACAUCAGUCCUUAUUUCAGAUGUAAGAUGACAGGUGAAUAUUUUUUCCCAAAUACUUUAAGCUCA